CCUAUAUUGCGUGCACGUGGCGGCGUUGAAACGUUUAGUGUUUUGAUCGAUUGAUUGAUCGAAAUAUGAAGACAAAAAAAGAAGACGCGGCAUCCAAGGAGUCGGUCCUGAGAAGAGUUGUUAAGAGCAAACAGAAGAUAUUGAAACCGAAAGCAGGCGCCAGCCUCGAGAAGGCUGUGAAAAAUGUCAAGCAAGUUUUCAAGGAAAAGAGAGCGGAAGCUAAAGCCGCCAAGAAGAAGGAGGCGAGUUUAGCAAAACCCAAAACUGGACCUGAAUCUAAAUCUAAACAGUUCAAAGCGCGAAAAUUGGGACCCAGAGGAUUGGUCUAUGUAGGGCACAUACCUCAUGGAUUUUAUGAGGAACAAAUGAACGACUAUUUCAAACAGUUUGGGAAUGUAACGCGAGUACGAAUAGCAAGAUCUAAAAGAACCGGCAGUAGUCGUGGCUAUGGCUAUGUUGAAUUCCUUCAUCCAGAUGUUGCUAGAAUUGCAGCAGACACCAUGAACAAUUAUCUCAUGUGCGGCCGAUUAUUAAAAGCUACAUAUAUUCCACCUGAGAAGCAGCACUUCGGAUUUUUCGCAGGCGUAAAUUGGUCGAAAGAUAAAUAUCCCAGACUGGUGAAAAGAAAAGAGGUAACACUGCGUAGAAAUCGGACUCAAAGUGCUGAGGAUCAUGAGAGAUACGUUAAGAGAUCGCUCAGGAAACUUUCUACAUUAGAAAGUAAACUAAAAGACAAGGGAAUUAGCAUGAAAUUUCAACCCGUCGAUGCACCGGAAACGUAACAAAUAUUUAAAGAUAUCUAGCUUUAUUUUAUUUUUAAGUACUUUAUAUAAUUGAUUACUUGCAUUAAAUAAACAAUAGGAAUUCAUCUAUAUACGACACCAUAUUCUACAAAUGUCUGGAACAUUGGAUAAAAUUCUAAACUGAAUGAUUUGCAUUUAUAUAAAUUAUGUACAAUUAAAUCUGAAUUAAUUAAUUAACGCACUCGAAGAAUAUAUGUCACGAUGCAGUGGUUGCUUCCUGUACGGUAGCCGCGUUCCCUUUCGUUCGCUUCCAUUUCAUGCGCCUAUUCUGAAACCACACUUUCACCUGUAAGAAAUAUGAUUUUACCGAUAAAAAGAUACAAAAAUUCUACAUUC